AUGAUAGAGGCACCAAUUGUUUUAGAUGUAGAAAUUCGUAAUUGGGUAGUUAUACCAAUUUUAAUUGUAUUAUUUAUUGUUAGUGCAUUAAAACUAAAUUUUAGCAGAAUUUUACAAUUAAAAUCAAAUAGAGAUCAAGAUGUAGAAAAAACAAUGCAAAUGCAAACAAUCAAUAGAGUUAGAAGAUUAACAUCAUUUUAUAAUAGAAUACCACAGAAAUCAUUUUUUAUGAGAAAGGCCUUUUUAUGUGGCACACCAGGUGCUACUAAUCCAAAGAAUAGAGGUCUUUUAAGUUCAAUCGCACCAGCACAAGAAGACAGCAAUCCAAUGAAUAUGAUGUUUGCCAAUUCAAUGUUUACAGAUCCAUCAGGUAUGACAGAUAUGCUUAAGGGUAAUGUAGUUCAUCUUGUACCACAAAUUACAAUGAUGUCUUGGGUCAAUCAUUUCUUUAGCGGUUUUGUAGCAUGUAAAUUACCAUUUUUCCCAUUAACAAUUCGUUUCAAAGCAUUUCUUCAAAGAGGUAUCGAAUUAAGUUCAUUAGAUGUAUCAUAUGUCAGUUCAUUAUCAUGGUAUUUCUUAUGUUGGUUUGGUUCAGAAGGUAUCAAUAAUAUUCUUUUAAGCGACAAUUUCGUUUCUCCAGAUACUCAAUUAUUCAAUUCUCAAGUCGAACCUGGCCCACCAGCUCAACAAAACCCAAUUCAUAAAAUUUACGAUGGAGAAAGAGAAAAUAUAGAAAUGAUUAGAUAUGACUCAAUUAUGAAUAACAUUGAAAAUAGAUUUUUAGAUAACCUUUCAAAAAAAACAUCAUUAGAUCUCAAUACUUUAAAUAAUUUAAAUAAUUCAAACAAUAAUAAUAAUAAUAAUAAUAACACUUUAACUAAAAUUCAAAAAACAAAAACAAAAUCAUCUUCAUCUUCAUCAUCAUCAACCAACACUAAAAGAGUCCUUUAUCAAAAACCUUCUUUAAAAUAA